AUGGGGCGGCCGGCCGGCAGCCUGGCCCCGCUCCGGCUGCUGCUGCUGCUGGCGCUGGGGCACGCCUGGACCUACCGGGAGGAGCCACAGGACGGCGACAGGGAGGUUUGUUCCGAGAACAAAAUCGCCACCACCCGGUACCCCUGCCUGAAGCCCACGGGCGAGCUGACCACCUGCUUCAGGAAAAAGUGCUGUAAAGGUUAUAAGUUUGUUCUUGGACAGUGCAUCCCUGAAGACUAUGAUGUCUGUGCUGAAGCUCCUUGUGAACAGCAGUGCACAGAUAACUUUGGACGAGUCUUGUGCACUUGCUACCCUGGGUACCGCUAUGAUCGGGAGAGGCAUAGGAACAGGGAGAAGCCUUAUUGCCUGGAUAUCGACGAGUGUGCCACGAGCAACGGGACGCUGUGUUCUCAGAUCUGUGUCAACACCAUGGGCAGCUACAGGUGCGAGUGUCAUGAAGGCUACAUCCGGGAGGAGGACGGCAAGACGUGCACCAAAGGAGAUAAAGCUGGACUUCCUGAGAAAUCUGAAAAUGUGGCAAAAUCGGGGACAUGCUGUGCUUCUUGUAAGGAAUUUCAUCAAAUAAAGCAGACGGUUUUACAACUGAAGCAAAAGGUUGCUUUGCUGCCAAAUAAUGCUGCCGAUCUUAGCAAGCAAAUCACUGGUGAAAAAGUGCUUGCAUCUAAUGCAUACAUCCCUGGCCCUCCAGGUCAGCCUGGCCAACAAGGCCCUCCAGGGGCUCCAGGACCAAAAGGGAGUCAAGGAGUUCCUGGGUCACCUGGACCUCCCGGACAGCCAGGCCCUCGUGGAUCAAUGGGACCUAUGGGCCCAUCUCCAGACAUAUCACAUAUUAAGCAGGGCAGGCGGGGCCCCGUGGGCCCUCCAGGAGCCCCAGGGAGAGAUGGUAGCAAGGGCGAGAGAGGCGCACCAGGACCAAAGGGGAUACCUGGCCCACCAGGUUCAUUUGAUUUCCUAUUGCUGAUGAUGGCAGACAUCAGAAAUGACAUCGCUGAGCUGCAAGAGAGAGUGUUUGGACACAGGACUCAUUCAUCAACAGAGGAGUUUCCGUUACCUCAGGAAUUUACAAACUAUCAUGACACAGUAGAUUUUGGAUCUGGGGAAGACUACAAACCACGGGCAGCACCCAGAGACUCCAGGAUACAGAAGGCAGCCCAUCCUUAGCUUCACCUACUGAAAAAUAGAGCCCCUUUAGAGUUCUUCAAUAUAAAAAUGCACUGACAAUGUAAUAUAUAUAUAAAAUUUCCCAGGUUUUUGUUUUGUUUUGGUUUUGAUUGUGGGUUUUUUUGUUGUUUUUUUUUUUGCUUUUCCUCAACCAUGCUGCCUGUACUGUAGCUUUCCUUGUUUAUGGUAGCCUCCUUGCAGCAUUUCCAUACCAUCCAACCUGCACUGUGUGCUGUACCUAGACUAUCAAGAAAACCUUCUUAAUGUUUAAUACAAUUAAGGCACGCUCUGGCUAAUGGUGCAGACCACAGCACUUCAUCUGCCUACUUUGUACCUAAGUCCAAAUGACCCAGCACUCAAAUUUUGCCGGGGGCAGAGUGGGAGCUGAACAUCCUCCCUGAAUGAUGUCAGUAAUUAAAACCUUGGUCCACAGUUACUUUAUACAUGUAAAUACAUUAUACCACUGAACUCAAGCCUCCAGCUUAGGAAAGCAUGGGAAGUGGAACCCCAUUUCACAGCAGAUGCCAGCUAUAAGUGAAGUUUUCUUCUUCUAUUAUGCUCCACCAUGGCAGGACAAAGCAAGAAAAUAUGGUCAAGCAUGAUACAAGGGUGCUGCUUCUUGAUUUGGAAAUCAUUUGGCUUUGUGUUGCCAGAGUAUAUUAUUCAGAGAGAGUCAGAAAGAUGUGCUUGACCUCAAUUAACACUACUUUUCCCUUAUCAUUCUCCUAUUGCUCAGUGUGCAGGCCAGCUCCCUUCCUCAACAGAUUCAUGCUGGAUUCAGUACACAAAGAUGAGCAAGAGAACAGGGAAUGUAUAAAGCAUGAAAACCAAGCCUAAGUGACUCAAGUAGGCUCAGGGGAAAGCACAAAAUCAAUCCCGGCCUUGAAGAAAAAGUUGGUUUCUGACCUCCAGUGGUGAAAUGCUGAAGUCCAAGUGAAAUGGAGAUUAGAGAGAGGCCUCGUGUUUGCAAAGGGAUUCUGUCUGUUUGGUUCCUCUGCUGCAUGAGGGCAACUUAAAAUGGCACUGGAUGGAGCUGGAACACGAAGGUGCAGUGUAUUUGUCUGGGUAUCUGAGGAGUACAAGUAGGUGCAGGAGCGCACAUGGCAAAAGGUGCCAACUGGUACGAGGAUGGCUAAGGUGAGGUACUGCACAUGGGGAUCCUGUAUUUGUGAAGGGGGAUGAAAAGGAGUGCCCUUCUUUAACACUGGAAAAUUCGAUGGACAAGUUAGACCAUAUCUUGUGGAUGAUGGAUGUUACCACUUCUUUUGGAUCACCACAGCUGCUGAGGACUUUGCCACGCUCAGAAGAUAAAGGACUAUAUUAAGCACAAAACUUCAAUGUUGUAUCUGUGUAGCUGCUACUUCCACAGUAUGUUCAGUGCUGGGUCAUGUCCAUGUUACAAAUGCAAAGAAAAACUUCUUAUUUUGCCCAGUUUUUCAGGGCUUGCAUGUUCUAAUAGAAUAAAUACAGGUAAAAAAUAUAAGCCAGCCCUUUUCUGAUAAGCCUAAAAAGGCUUGGAUUCCCUUCCAUAUUCUCUGGGCCAAAAGAUAGUCGGUGUAAUCCUCACACCAGUGGUACAGUUUGUAUGAACAGCUGGCUGCCUAGACCUUCAUUUUGUGUAUUAUCUUAGGGGGAUGUGUUAAUUCCUGUAAUUGUUUCCCACCUCUUUGCUAUCAUUAUGCCACAAGCAAGGGCAUUAGCUUUGAGAACAUUAACGUUCUGCACUCCUCCUCUUCACAUUAUAUGCAUAUCGAUAUUUACAAAUCAAGGGGAUAUCUUAGAAUGAAAUUAUUGUGCUUGCACCCUGUCAGCUUUGAGCUUCUCCUCUAGGAGGAGCUCUGCCAGAAGCUGCUGAUCCAAGUAGUCUCGUGAAGUAGGUAGCAGGAAAAUCAAUGAAAUUUGGGGAAGGAACCUGUGGCCAAAAGAGAUAAUCUGAUAUGCAGCAGGCUGAAAGAAACCUCGAAGAAAGCAUGAACUGAGGCAUGUAAUGUCUUGUUUUAUUAAUUUUAAGCACUCAAGUAGGUAUAAAUAAGACAAUUCAAAAAUACACGUUAAAGUAAAUUUGUUAAAUGGCAAAUGUUGUAACGCUUGCAAAUUAUGUAACUCUUGGAUAAGUUUACUACCACACCCCAUCCAUCACCUGCUGGAACAGGUUGAUUUCCACUGCAGAAUUAGUAGCUGCAGGUUUUUUUGACCUUUUGAUCAGAUACUGAAUAAUGAGUUAGAUGAGUGACUUCCUACAUAUCAACUCAAUUCUAUUGCCCCUUGCCCACAAGAAGAUGUGUGGGGGGGGGAAAGGCACUUAUUCUAGUUCUAAUCUCUGCUUUUCCAAAUAUAGACAAAUACCAAACAAGAAGUUCCUGCAGUUUGGCCAUCAAAUUCAGGGGCAAGUGACAAUUUUCCCUGCUGUGCUGAAGUAUCCAGGGGAGUGAAAUUCUGAAAGCAGGCCAGAAAAGGAGAUAAAAUAGAUGCCUCACUGUCAGUAGAGAAAACUGUCCCAGACUUAUGACCAUUAAAUGUGGCACAUGCUUAUGUGCUUUUCUGAAUGAAAACCUCAGUAACUUCCCUUUCUGGAGUUGGUUUUCACAGCCUAGAGCAGGGUUUGCAACAGAUAUGCUUAAGGAAAAUGCUCCUUGGGUUUGCCCUUGUGCUUCACCCUCCUCUUUCCAGACUCCCUGCCCCAAAUCUGUUGGCUGAGUCCCGGCAACACGGAGGGGAUGCUAUGGUAAAGGCAAGUCCUGGAAUUCCUCCAGCAGGGACAGCCCCUCUGAGCACAGCUGGCUGGGAAGGUUCAGCCUUCGUUCUGCAUCUGGCUAAGAUCUUUGCAUAGACCUUUCUCCCUUUAUUUCUGAUUAACUGUAUGAUAACUUUUAUAAGACAUUGUAUCUGAAACACUUCAUUAAGAUUUCUGGAUAAAUACACACACCCAUAUAGAAAAGUGAUGUUUUCUUCAGGAUAGCCAAAGUUUUAUAAAGCCAGAAUAAUUUCCAAUUUAAAGUUUGGUUACUGGGAAGCCAGGAAAGUCAUUACCUUCUAAAUUAUUUAUUCUGAUGUGGCCCCCCAAAAUAACAUCACCUUCCCCCCGACAGGAAUCCAAAAUAAGUUAGUAGUAAAAUCUACAUUCAUGUUUAGUUUCAAUACGAGGGUCAUGCACAUGAAAACUUUACUUCGUAUAAAUACUAUGUAUAAUUCUAUUAGAAAGAAAUAUUAUUUUGAUGUUAAGACAUCAAGUUAUAAGCAAAAGGAUAAUGAAGAGUUUGUUAUUUUAUUAAUUUUAGAGAUCUAUUUAAUGGAAACGUUUGCAAGAGUGUGCAGUGAUGGGAAAAUGCUGGUUGUUAAUGGGCUUAACAAAGUCAUAAAGCUUGGAGAAUUUUUUCUUUCAACACUGUGCCAAGUACAUGCAGGAUUAGUCUUUUUUUGCAAAGCUGGGAUACUGACACAGAACAAUUCCUACGUAAGUCAGGCUAAACCAGGAAGAGGAGAUGAAAAUUGAUUGUAAACUGAGCUAAGGUAAUGCCUGGAGUUAUUGUUGCCAUCUCAGCUUGAGCCUUCUUCCUUGAAGUGUUUCGUAAUACACGAAGCCCCAGAGAGGCAACAAAAGCCGGGACUGAGGCCCAAGAACUUGUUAGUUUCACAUGAAAAUCUGUAUGUUUCUCCCUAUUACACAUUCCAGUAACUACGCUGUUCACUUUAUUUAUAUACGAAAUACUAAAAUGUGCAUAAAAUGAUUGUGAUUUCAUGACGUCUUCAUAAUAACAAAGAUAUUUUUUCUUAA